CGGGGCGUGCCCGUGAUGACGUCACUUCCGCCGUGCGGAAGGAAGCCGGAAGUGGUUGUGUUUGUGUCGAACAUGGCGGCGUUGGCGGAGCCGUACGGAGGGGUUUCCUCUGGCAGCUCCGACGAGGAGCUGGUCCCCACGGCGGAGGAGGAGCUGGUGGCCCAGAAGAGGGAGGCGAGGCUGAGGAAGUUCCGGGAGCUCCAUAUGAAGAGGAAUGAAGCUCGCAAGCUAAACCACCAGGAAGUUGUAGAAGAAGACAAGAGACUCAAGUUGCCACCAAACUGGGAAGCAAAAAAGGCUCGAUUGGAAUGGGAACUGAAGGUGGAGGAAAAGAAAAAGGAAUGUGCUGCAAAAGGAGAAGAUUAUGAGCGAGUGAAAUUGUUGGAAAUCAGUGCUGAGGAUGCUGAAAGAUGGGAAAGAAAAAAGAAGAGAAAAAAUCCAGAUCUAGGAUUUUCAGAUUAUGCAGCUGCCCAAUUGCGCCAAUAUCAGAGGUUAACCAAGCAGAUCAAACCAGACAUGGAACAAUAUGAAAAGCAAAAGAAAGAUACAGAAGAAUUCUAUCCGACAUCAAACAGUCUUCUUCAUGGAACUCACGUGCCAUCUAAUGAAGGGGUUGAUAGGAUGGUUGCUGAUCUUGAAAAACAAAUUGUAAAACGUGAAAAAUACAGUCGGCGACGUUCCUAUAAUGAUGAUGCAGAUAUUGACUACAUUAAUGAGAGAAAUGCCAAGUUCAACAAGAAGGCAGAAAGGUUCUAUGGGAAAUACACAGCAGAGAUUAAACAGAACUUGGAGAGGGGAACAGCCGUCUGAACUAUUAAAUCAACAUAGUGUUUCUGUAAUUAGGUUAUUGUGCACAGCCUACUAGGCUUAUACUGAGAUGGUUAAACUGUAUGAUAAAAUGCCAGUAGAAUAACUAUAGACUCUUAAUAUUGACGUAGACUUUAAUAUUAAUAAAUGACAGUGUUUUCAUUCCUAUCACAAGUUUAUUGUCUAAAAAAGUGCUUGAAGGACAGGAAAACUUAACUAUUCAUAGCUUGCUGUUCCUAAGGUAGCUAAGUUUUGAGUUUUAUUAAGUUGACAAAAGUGAAAAAACGUAUUUCAUAAUAUGAAACAACAUAUUUCAUGUUUAGAUUCUGAAGCUACUAUGGCAUUUUAAGAGAACUAAGCUUAUCUGCAUUAUUGAUAAAAGAGAGCACCACCCUCUGUAUUA